GCAAGGCAGUGCAGACAGCAGUACCUCGUGCGCGCUCAGUCCUGUGGCCUCGUAACACACCUUCUCUCCGGCCACGCGACUUCUCAACUCGCUUCAAGAAAUGACAACCGCCCUCACCACAUCUUUCACGCUUCUUAUCGUCGUUCUUUCAGGAGCUCAUCUCUCGGACUCUCAUCCUUGUAACCAGGAACACCUGAUCCAGUGUGCCAGCUCACUCCCGAGCUCCUCUAACGUGCAAGAUUUCGGAUUCGCCUCCAAAAAGGAAGAUCUAGACCUCAUCUGCCCAGAUCUGAAUGCAGGACUACGUUGUAUUGACGAAUACACCAGACGCUGCAUGGCACCUCAUCAACGUUCUCACUUCAACAAGCUGUACGCCGGCAGCAGCAUGGUCAUCCAAGAGAUCUGUCAGGAAGGACCUUACCAGGACGAGUUCCUGAGGCACGCCAACUGUAUGUGGGAGGUCAAACAGGACUACGAGGAGUGCGCACGUGAUUACCAACAGAAGAUACAGGACUUAAGCAGCCUGAUGUCCAAUGACUCCAGUGACGGUGACACAGAACAUCACGUUCGCAGACUUUGUUGCUCGUUCCAGGAGUACCUGCGCUGCUCACACGCGAUCGUCAUGGACACCUGCGGCGAGGAGACGGCACAGUUCACCAAGAGCUUCCUCGAUCGCAUGGCAUCCUCGCUCAUCCAGGUGCACUGUGAGAAGUAUCCUCCUGGCUCCCAGAUCUGUGAGGAGGACAUCAGUGCUGCUCCUUAUUCCUCCUCCGCCUUAUCCCUCCUCCUUGGCUGUCUUCUAUCUUUGUGGUGUUUCUAUACACACCUCCACCGCACAUGAACUCACCCAGACACUCGCUACCGCCCCAGCUCUCCUGGACUGACUGCGUCACGUCACGCUUAUGUCCAGCGAAGUCGAGCUGUUGUCUAGCUGAAUUGUGAGAAACAUUGUUAUGUAAAUUGAAGACACAUCAUUCCUAGAUCUUACCGUAUAUAAUUUCUAUGGUAAUUUAUUUAUGCUCAAACAAUACAUAAGCAAGCACCACUCUCUAUGUAGCACAUUGUGUUUCUAAUUUAUGUAAAUAUCACACUCCACCAACAGAUUUACACUUUUAUUGUUGUAUUUGAUGUUUAUAGUAUAAAACAUAGAUUUGUAAAUUGCUGUAUUAAUAACUAAUUUUUAAGAGUUUAUUUGUGAUGAAAUCCGUAUAAAAUUAAAACACCCAAGGUGUAUAAUUUUUAGAAAAUAUUUUAGUUCACAUAAUAUUUUUGUCUUGUUGAUGUUUAGAUAUUUUAAAAAUAGUUUAGAAAUUGUUUAAGUAGAAUAUUUAUGUAACUCAAUAAUGGAUAGUUUGUUUAUUGUUGCGUAAGUGAUGUUGUUAUGUAUAUAGCAUUCUUGAGUGUAUAUUUGCGUGUUCUGUAAGAAAUCAAUAUUUAUUGCAAUUUUUCUAUCGUAUACAGAGCGUGUUAUAUAUUUGUUAUAGUUGUGGAUGACUAGUUGAGAAAGGAGCCCUUGUUUAAAGGGAGGAGGAAAGUCUUUCGCGGAAACAUUCCAAGGAGGAGACUUGUGCGUAGACUAGACUAGAUGCAAGAAGACUGCGUACAAGUUACUAUUUCCUACUAUAAAACCAUAAAAAUACAAAAUUUAUUACUUAUAAUUGUUCUAAAGCAGUAGUAAUUAUUUGAAAACUGAAAAUUUCAGUAUAUUUUAUUAGCAGUUUUAUAUUUUUUAAAUAGUUAAAUAUAACUUAAAAAAUCUCUCUCAACAUUUUUAAAUGCUGUUAUAUGCUUUUCAGCUAAAUUUAAUUAUUAUUGAAACCAUAAUUUCAGUUUUAUACAACUUAAAAAACCCAAAGGUUAAUAUUUUAGAGAGAUUUUUCAAAAUAUUAAAAACAAUCUAUAAACAAUAGUAUGGGUAAACAUACUUUGCAGUGUUUGUGUACCGGUAUAUAUGAAUAUUUAGAUAAUUUCAAGCAGUGUAAUAUAAAACAUAAAACAGUGUGCUACAAGUAUAAAUAUUAAACUUAUUGCAUAAAGAGUGUGUGGUGACAAUUGGUUGUCCAAUAUUAUGUUGUUAGAAGAAGUUAAUGUAUUUAUUUUUUAGGUUAAAGCCAGUUCCUGUUGAGACCAUGUUACCGUAUUAGCAGUUGUUGAUGGUAUAACUGGCUUAUGUGAUAUCUAAUUGAAAUUAUUUAUAUUGCAGAAAGACCAAAUACAUAGUAGUAUAGAGUACCUUGCCAUCACAUUUCCUUUUAGAGUAAUUUUUGAGUACGGUAAUUCAUUUAUUUAGUUAGCAUAAGAAAGAUUUUUUUACACAAUAUUUUGUACAGUUUGCAUGGUCUUUCACAUAUCAAAUCAUACAGUGUUUGUUCUUUUAUUGGAUUUAAAUUAAACGAAUUUUGCCACAAGUUAUAUAUACAUACAGUAUAUAGUUGCCAAAGUAAUUAAAACUAAAACUGAAAUUGUAUAUUGAUUCGAAAUUAAGAAAACAGAUUUAUCUCCUGCAAAUGUUAAUUUGUUAUCUAUAUAGCAAUAAAUCGUAAACAUAAAUGUUAAUUAAUAAUUAUUUAAAAGUCAUUAGUUAUUGUUCUUGAAUAAACAAGAAAUCUAGUCCUUGUGGAGGUCUGUAAAGGUUCUUAGUUUAUGACUAAGCUCUCUAUCAAUACGUAACUUAGUUAAGUGUGAGUUGUGUAAUGUACUGUUCAAGUUAUUUAUUAUUUUAAUAAAACAUUAGUUACAUGUUUUAUUUAUUUCAAACUGGUUUUGAAUUUCACCAGUUGUGAUUGAAUUAAAAUUCAUUUUAAUAAUCUUAAAGAAAAUUUUGUGUUUCAAUAAUGAACAUAUGUAAUGCAAUAAUCAAAAUAUAUUUCUUAAAUUUUUUGUAUUUUACUGAAUUGUAUUUUAUUUUGUAUAUAGAAUGAUAGGAUCCUUCAUGUUGGUACUUCAGAUUUUCCAGUGACCGUAAUAAUAAUUGUUUUUCUUUGUUUAAGAUUAGACUUUGUGAAAUAAAAAAAUUAUGUCCUUUGUAAUUUAGAAAUCAAAAGCUAUUGAAAUAGCUGGAAUGUACUAUAGCAGGGCAUAAAUUUAACUUUAUGUUUUAGUAAUUGUUAGAAUGUAUGAAGAAAGUUAGGUAGUACAUGCGGGAUUGUAAUGGAAGCAAGAGAGACUUGCACGGGUGGUGCGUCAUGUACGUACUGAUUGGCCCACGUCUGAGACCUGUUCUGUUUACUCAGGCUGAUCUCAACCUGGCUGAUUCACACUUCGCAAGUGACCGAAUAUUAUCAAACCUCAACCAGUAUUGUGGUAGUCCUCACGCCAAGUAUUAAUUUAUUACUUUAAGUCGUCAAAUGUUUCUUUUGUACAUAACAUGGUAUGUCGUAGCUAGUUUCUAAUUUGAUUGUGUUUAAUUUGAUCUUUUGAAAUAAUGUUUAAUAAAAAAGUGUUUUACGUAUA